AUGCCAACACCAAAAAUGCCAACACCAAAAAUGCCAACACCAAAAAUGCCAACACCAAAAAUGCCAACACCAAAAAUGCCAACACCAAAAAUGCCAACACCAAAAAUGCCAACACCAAAAAUGCCAACACCAAAAAUGCCAACACCAAAAAUGCCAACACCAAAAAUGCCAACACCAAAAAUGCCAACACCAAAAAUGCCAACACCAAAAAUGCCAACACCAAAAAUGCCAACACCAAAAAUGCCAACACCAAAAAUGCCAACACCAAAAAUGCCAACACCAAAAAUGCCAACACCAAAAAUGCCAACACCAAAAAUGCCAACACCAAAAAUGCCAACACCAAAAAUGCCAACACCAAAAAUGCCAACACCAAAAAUGCCAACACCAAAAAUGCCAACACCAAAAAUGCCAACACCAAAAAUGCCAACACCAAAAAUGCCAACACCAAAAAUGCCAACACCAAAAAUGCCAACACCAAAAAUGCCAACACCAAAAAUGCCAACACCAAAAAUGCCAACACCAAAAAUGCCAACACCAAAAAUGCCAACACCAAAAAUGCCAACACCAAAAAUGCCAACACCAAAAAUGCCAACACCAAAAAUGCCAACACCAAAAAUGCCAACACCAAAAAUGCCAACACCAAAAAUGCCAACACCAAAAAUGCCAACACCAAAAAUGCCAACACCAAAAAUGCCAACACCAAAAAUGCCAACACCAAAAAUGCCAACACCAAAAAUGCCAACACCAAAAAUGCCAACACCAAAAAUGCCAACACCAAAAAUGCCAACACCAAAAAUGCCAACACCAAAAAUGCCAACACCAAAAAUGCCAACACCAAAAAUGCCAACACCAAAAAUGCCAACACCAAAAAUGCCAACACCAAAAAUGCCAACACCAAAAAUGCCAACACCAAAAAUGCCAACACCAAAAAUGCCAACACCAAAAAUGCCAACACCAAAAAUGCCAACACCAAAAAUGCCAACACCAAAAAUGCCAACACCAAAAAUGCCAACACCAAAAAUGCCAACACCAAAAAUGCCAACACCAAAAAUGCCAACACCAAAAAUGCCAACACCAAAAAUGCCAACACCAAAAAUGCCAACACCAAAAAUGCCAACACCAAAAAUGCCAACACCAAAAAUGCCAACACCAAAAAUGCCAACACCAAAAAUGCCAACACCAAAAAUGCCAACACCAAAAAUGCCAACACCAAAAAUGCCAACACCAAAAAUGCCAACACCAAAAAUGCCAACACCAAAAAUGCCAACACCAAAAAUGCCAACACCAAAAAUGCCAACACCAAAAAUGCCAACACCAAAAAUGCCAACACCAAAAAUGCCAACACCAAAAAUGCCAACACCAAAAAUGCCAACACCAAAAAUGCCAACACCAAAAAUGCCAACACCAAAAAUGCCAACACCAAAAAUGCCAACACCAAAAAUGCCAACACCAAAAAUGCCAACACCAAAAAUGCCAACACCAAAAAUGCCAACACCAAAAAUGCCAACACCAAAAAUGCCAACACCAAAAAUGCCAACACCAAAAAUGCCAACACCAAAAAUGCCAACACCAAAAAUGCCAACACCAAAAAUGCCAACACCAAAAAUGCCAACACCAAAAAUGCCAACACCAAAAAUGCCAACACCAAAAAUGCCAACACCAAAAAUGCCAACACCAAAAAUGCCAACACCAAAAAUGCCAACACCAAAAAUGCCAACACCAAAAAUGCCAACACCAAAAAUGCCAACACCAAAAAUGCCAACACCAAAAAUGCCAACACCAAAAAUGCCAACACCAAAAAUGCCAACACCAAAAAUGCCAACACCAAAAAUGCCAACACCAAAAAUGCCAACACCAAAAAUGCCAACACCAAAAAUGCCAACACCAAAAAUGCCAACACCAAAAAUGCCAACACCAAAAAUGCCAACACCAAAAAUGCCAACACCAAAAAUGCCAACACCAAAAAUGCCAACACCAAAAAUGCCAACACCAAAAAUGCCAACACCAAAAAUGCCAACACCAAAAAUGCCAACACCAAAAAUGCCAACACCAAAAAUGCCAACACCAAAAAUGCCAACACCAAAAAUGCCAACACCAAAAAUGCCAACACCAAAAAUGCCAACACCAAAAAUGCCAACACCAAAAAUGCCAACACCAAAAAUGCCAACACCAAAAAUGCCAACACCAAAAAUGCCAACACCAAAAAUGCCAACACCAAAAAUGCCAACACCAAAAAUGCCAACACCAAAAAUGCCAACACCAAAAAUGCCAACACCAAAAAUGCCAACACCAAAAAUGCCAACACCAAAAAUGCCAACACCAAAAAUGCCAACACCAAAAAUGCCAACACCAAAAAUGCCAACACCAAAAAUGCCAACACCAAAAAUGCCAACACCAAAAAUGCCAACACCAAAAAUGCCAACACCAAAAAUGCCAACACCAAAAAUGCCAACACCAAAAAUGCCAACACCAAAAAUGCCAACACCAAAAAUGCCAACACCAAAAAUGCCAACACCAAAAAUGCCAACACCAAAAAUGCCAACACCAAAAAUGCCAACACCAAAAAUGCCAACACCAAAAAUGCCAACACCAAAAAUGCCAACACCAAAAAUGCCAACACCAAAAAUGCCAACACCAAAAAUGCCAACACCAAAAAUGCCAACACCAAAAAUGCCAACACCAAAAAUGCCAACACCAAAAAUGCCAACACCAAAAAUGCCAACACCAAAAAUGCCAACACCAAAAAUGCCAACACCAAAAAUGCCAACACCAAAAAUGCCAACACCAAAAAUGCCAACACCAAAAAUGCCGCCCGGACAGACCAGUAUCACAAUCCUCUGA